AUGCUGUUCGUUGCUGGUUCACUCACAUCACCUGGUGUGCAUGCCGCUGUGAGAUAGAUCUGGCAACGACGCCAUCUAACACCUGUUUUGGUGUGUUGUUUGCCAGAUCUAUCUCAAUUCCCCUUGGUCCAGAGGCGAGGCGCCUUCCUGAGUACAAGGCCUCCCUUCCCCAUCCGUCCCUUGCGCUCUCGCUCACAGCUCCUGCGAUCAGCCGCACCACCGCUGGUGGAGGAGGGACCGCCUGACAGCCGUGGAGUCCGUGCGGUGCCUGGGGACAAAGGCAAGGAUACCGAGGCAAACCUUCCGCUGCUCGUCGACUUGCCAACUGAGCUCAGGUGAUGCAUGAGCACACCACAGCCUGCUUCGAGUCGCAUAUGGAGUACAUCCCACUUAAUCGUCCGUAUGGGUGUGUCAGGAUAAAGCUGUUGGAUGAAGGCCGCACGGCUCCACGCCGUCAGCGACUCAUCCGGGACGAAAUCAAGCGGCAACAGAAGAUGACUCCAGGCACUAAAGGGCCAGCAUGGUACGGCACAUGGCAACCUACCGCAAGCAAGUGACAGCGUGCGCCGUUUGCCGAUGGCGCUGCCGCCUUGUUUGUUCCUCCCCUCAGGCAGCCGAGGAAGAGCAUGAUCAAGAUACAGGAGCGGCUGGUGAUCGAGCAGCUGGUACGCAGUCAGGCCAAGGACGGCGAGCGGCAGAAGUGGCGAAAGGUGAAGCGACUGGCGCCGCAAAAGAAAUUGUUGCCAAUCUCAAUGUUCAGGGUGAGUGCGCCAGCCAGAAAGCAAAGCAGCAAGCUCAAAGGAGGGGGGACGUACACAUGCAAGUGGCACAUGGGGCUGAAUGGACGUGUUUGUGCAGGUUGGUGAGAGGAUUCGUGGUCGUGUGAUUCAGCUAAAACAGCACGGCGCAUGGAUCGAUAUCGGGUGCACACAGAAGGCACUGCUGCACAUACGGGUGAGGCGAUAGAUAGCGACUGCCCGCUUUCGUGUGCCCUGUGUGCCUUACUACCCCAUCCUGUGUGCUGGUGUUUCAGGACAUGGCGGAGGAGGGCGAGGGGUGGAUCUCAAGCCCAACUGAUAAACUUGUCCCAGGUCACACACUUGCGACCAAUCUGACAUGCCUUGGAGCCUUUCUCUGCCGCUUUCUCCGCAGGCCAAGAGCUCAAUGUGACCGUCAAAUAUGCCGCACCAUCACAGGUGGGCAUCGACCCACUCAUGUCCCCUUAGAAGGCAGGGGUGCUGUGCUUGCCCGUCGUCGCCUCUCUAACAGGGUGUGUUGGCCGUAACGCUCCGACCCAACGAUGUCCAGAGGCUGCAAAGCCAGCCGGCAGUGGUGCCGGAACAGGCAGGGCCGGCAGAGCGCCGAAGACCAGUGGAUUCCUUUCGCUUGGAGGAGAGGGUCGACGGAGUGGUGACGCGGGUGACUGAGAAGGGCUGCUUCGUCGACAUUGGGGCUGAUGUCGAUGCAUGGAUGCAUACGGUAAGGUAUCAUCCAUCAUGCGCAAAACCAUACGGCACAUGUCGUUGAUUGAUUGUCUGUUGCCGUUGUUAGAUGGAUGUGGAAGAUCCCUAUCGGGAUCGUGGGCGCAACUUCAAGGCCACGUCGGAUUUCUUCCACGUUGGCCAGCACUUUCAGGGGCUGUACAUCAAAACAGUCGACAAAGUGCGAAAUCGGUGAGUAAGCGAAUCUUGAAGAGCCCUGGGCGGUGCUUCAUGCUCCUUUUAGUCUCUGUCUGGCUCUCUUCCUGUAGGUUGCGUGUGACUCCUUGGUCAUACCGAGAAGAGCUGGACCGUCGCGUGUGGCAUGGAUUCGAAACACUGGAGGAACAAGUACACAGUCAUACCUAAAGGCACCGACUCUCUCUCCCAUGUCACUGUGCGUAUGUCCAGCACGAGUACGCCCCCGUUCCGGCCUAUCAGCGCGAGGAGAUUUUGCGGCGACAAUCCUCAGAGCACCAACAAGAACCGAUCAUGACAAGACAAGCGACACUACCAGCAGCAGAAGAGUCGCAUCAGAUGUCCGAAACGGUGUCCCGCGAUGAGGCGCCACAGCUCCCUUCUCACCCGACAUCAGCACCUCUGUCGGCCCAUGCUCCCGUCACUUCCACAGACCCCUUAACCUUGGAUUACCAGGACCUCCUGCAAGUGGCGCAGCGGAAAAUGACGGGCAAGGAUGAGAAGGAGAAAGAAGAGACGGUCGGUGCAGCAGGUCUGCAGCCAAAGGCAGCUGUAGCUGCCUCUCAAGCAGACACGAAAUCAGAGGUGCCACCCGUCACUCGCGCAGGAGACGUCAACCAGCGCCUCUCCACGUCUGAUGCUGGCCGAGCUCCUGCUGGACGGAGGAGGACGUCUGAGGCUCUUUCGUCUAUCGAGGAGAGCAGGAUAGAUGAGCUGACGAGUCGGAUCGAGGGUCUGAAUGAGGGCAUGAGCAUCACUCCUGAGAUGCGGCGCAAGAUCAUGCAGGAGGAGCCACCGGAGCUGACAGAAGAGGACUUCAACUUUGACAGGGACAAGGCGCUCGACAUCAGCCAGUGGGACGACGAAACCAGAGGUCACCCGAGAUGAAAUAAGCGGCAUGCGCACCCACUCGCACGGCAUGCUUGUUCGCAUGUUCCUCCUUCUGUCAUUCGUGCAGCGGCUGCCCGCGCCAUCUUUUCGGAGGCUCCCGAGGAUUGGGAGAGGAUAGUCUACUCCAAGCCCGAGAUGGAUGUGCCGACGCUUGAUAGCUUCGUCAACCCCGCCCUGCGCGACCCAUCCAAGGUGAGGCUGCUGAGCUCGGAGGGGGAGGUGAGGCAAUACCUCAAGGGCAUCGAAAGAGAAGAGGACGCAACCGAUGAAGAGAUUGCCUACGAGGAGGACAUGCCGCUCACCAAGGACCAGCAAGAAUAUGAAGACUACCUAACCAAGUACGCAGACAAACGAUGCAAGACGCAUUCAUCCACUCAUUGUGGGUAUCGCCGUGUCAGGAUCUUCGAUGCCGAAGUGGCUCAGCAGGUCGCUGGCAGCAACGGGACUACCCUGAAGGAUGAUGGCUUUGUCGCACCAACCUUCAAGGGCCACCAACCGUCGUCACUGUCGUCCCAGACCAUGCUAUCCCCUCCCCCGUCUUUUGAAGACGACGACGUCCCGACUGCUCCGUCAGCUGGUGUGAUCAACCUCUCUGCCAUCCGAGCGAAGAAGAGGGCUCAACAGCAGAUCAACAGAGAGAAAGAGAUGGCGUUUGAGGAGCACGAGCAGAUGCGGGAGGAGAGCAUGACGGCUGCUGCUGAUGCACAGCAAGUGUUCUCUUCCGCGAGCGAUUACUCACUGCCAGCUGACUGGACGGUUGCAGACGUCUUGGAUGCAGAUCAGCGUUUUCGAGGGCGCACGUUCGAUCAAGAUGUAAGUAGACACGACACGGACACGUAGGGCAGGUUGUACGCACCUCACCCUGCUGUUCGGUGUUCUUUCCAGCUGGAUGACUUUGGGUACGCCAAGUUGGUCGAAGAGCUCAACGACGAAGACCCAGAGAUGCUCAAGUGAGACGGACGGUUGCAGGCUGAAGACGCAUUCUAGUGCGAUGCUGGUUUCGUGCAUUGCUUGUGUGUACAGGGAUCCUGCAGUGCAGACUAUUCUCAAGAGCCUGAGAGAGUACGAAGCAAAUCCAGAGGAAUGGUAAGAGAUUUACCUUGCGGGAGCAAGUGACCGCAAUGGCUCAUGCCCCUGUUCUGCUGCAUAAAUCAGGUAUCGCAACAACAAGGAAGGAGACGAGCCAUCAGCAGAGGCGCUUCUGCUCCGUGACUUACGAAGGGCGUCAAUCGCCAGCGGUGAAGUCGUGCGAGUCAAUGCGCCGAAGACAGGAAUUCUGGACGCCGCACCCACUGCCCGCGACUAUGAUGCAGACGAGGCGGGUUUUCUGCCCCUUGACAAUGCGUUCUCGUCGCUGCUCGCCAACACACUCGGACGAGGCGAUGUGGAGGAGCCUCCCCCUCUCUCAGAGAGAGAGAAACUUCGCCAGCUCUUUUCUUCCCCCGCAUUCGCCCAGAGGCUGAAGAGGUUAGGUCUGAGUCUUCAAGCUGAGGACAUUGACAUAGACAGGUUGGCGGAGUUCCGUCGGAAGGUUGUGGAGGACGCAUUGGUUUUGAGUCGUCAGAAUCCAAAACUGCGUUUUCGAGAAGACGGUAGCUAA